GUCUGCGAUUAACUGUUUACCACUGGAAGAUGUGGUUAAGUUCCUGUUGAAUCAUGGCUUUGAGUAUGUCUUGACCAGCAAGUUUAGUCAAGAUCCUCUUGAAGAGCAUUUUGGCCAGCACCGACAAUCUGCUAGAAGAUCUGCAAAUCCGUCGCUGCAGACACUCGGAGUUCAAGAAAAUAAAUUUAGAAUACAAUGGACUGUGGCAACAAUUAUAACACCUAAAGGGAAUACGAGAGGCUCCAAGAGACCCAAAGAAGGGAUAACCGUGACAACAAGUCCACUGAAGAGGCGGGGAAAAAAGUAG